AUGUUCAUGCAUUUGGAGGUUUUUUAUUACAUUUUCAUUCUCCUGGCUCACAUGAGGUCGUGCUGCUGCUGGUCAGUGAAUAAUUUCUUGAUGACUGGACCCAAGGCAUACCUGAUCUACUCCAGCAGUGUGGCAGCAGGAGCUCAGAGUGGCAUAGAGGAGUGCAAAUACCAGUUUGCAUGGGACCGCUGGAACUGCCCCGAGAGAGCUCUGCAGCUGUCCACGCACAGCAGCCUGCGCAGUGCAAAUCGGGAGACAGCAUUUGUUCACGCCAUCAGCUCCGCUGGAGUCAUGUACACUUUAACCAGGAACUGCAGCCUCGGAGACUUUGACAACUGUGGCUGUGACGACAGCAGAAACGGACAACGAGGGGGUCACGGUUGGCUCUGGGGCGGCUGCAGUGACAACGUUGGCUUUGGAGAGGCCAUCUCCAAACAGUUUGUCGAUGCCUUGGAGACUGGGCAGGAUGCACGAGCAGCCAUGAAUCUCCACAAUAACGAGGCUGGGCGCAAGGCUGUGAAGGGGACCAUGCAGAGGACAUGUAAGUGCCACGGCGUGUCAGGAAGCUGCACCACUCAGACCUGCUGGCUGCAGCUCCCAGAGUUCAGGGAGGUGGGCAACUACUUGAAGGAGAAGUACCACAGGGCUUUGAAAGUGGAUCUCCUCCGGGGAGCGGGGAACAGCGCGGCCAGCCGGGGGGCUAUCGCUGAGACCUUUAGCUCCAUCUCUCGGAAGGAGCUGGUCCACCUCGAAGACUCCCCUGACUACUGCCUGGAAAACCGCACUCUGGGCUUGCCAGGCACAGAGGGCCGCGAGUGCCUCAAGAAGGGCAAGAACCUGAGCAAAUGGGAGAAGCGGAGCUGCAAGAGGCUGUGCGGAGAGUGCGGGCUGGCUGUGGAGGAGCGCAAAGCCGAGAUGGUGUCCAGCUGUAACUGUAAAUUCCACUGGUGCUGCGCGGUGAAGUGUGAGCAGUGCAGAAAGACAGUGACCAAGUACUUCUGCGUAAAGAAAGGAGGUCAGAGGGGAAGGAAUGAGAGUGCCGGCAGCCGCCGAAAGACCCUCAGGCUGAGGAAGAAGCACUGA